AUGGCAUUUUUCAAAGUAUUUCAAAAUCAAAACUCACAUAAAAGACCAUCACCUACUUCAGCUCCUAGAUCGCCUUUAAAUAUAACACCUGUUUCUAGUACAAUAUCAACGAAAUCAUUAACUCCAUCAUCUACUACAUCACCUGCAAAAAAAAGUUUAGCUAGUGCAUCAUUUUCAUUAACUAUAACAUUAGAAUCACCACCUAUUAUACUAUAUGGUAAUGCAAGUGAAUCUACAGGCUCAAUAAUUUCUGGUAUAUUAACUUUAAGUACUUUGGACGCAUUAAAUUUAAAUAAUGUAACAUUAUCAUUAAUUCAAACCAUGCGAUAUACAAAACCAUUUUUAAUCCCCAAUGCAUCAUCAAUAUCAAAUUGUAAAGAAUGUACAAAGAAAAUAUGUGAAUUAGCAAGAUGGGAUGUUUUAACUUCAAAUGUAUCGUUUCCUGCGGGAAAACAUGAAUAUCCAUUUAGUCAUUUAAUACCUGGAAAUUUACCAGCUUCUUCAAAAUUAGGCUCAUCAAAUUCACAUUCAUUUAUAAAAUAUGAAAUAAUAGCAAUUGCAAAAGGAGAAGAAUGUGAAAGGAAAUUGGUAUUACCUAUAAAUAUCACAAGAUCAAUUUUAAGAGGUCCCGAUCGAAAUUCAUUACGCGUUUUUCCACCAACUGAAGUUACUGCAAGUGCAGUUUUACCAAAUGUAAUAUAUCCAAAAUCUGUAUUUCCAAUUGAACUAAAAUUAGAUAAUAUGGUCUCUAAUUCACAACUACGAAGAUGGAGAAUGAGGAAAUUAUCAUGGAGAAUAGAAGAAAAUAUCAAAAUUAGAGCUAACUCAUGCGAGAAACAUAUUAGUAAAUUACAAACUAUCGAGAAGAGUUAUCAAAAAAUAUCAUCAAAGAAAGAAUCAAAUAAAACAUCAAAUUUGCAUCACAGUACAAUACAGACAAAUUGUAGUUUAAUGAAUAAUCCAUCAACACAAUUUAAUCAAAAUUACAACGUGUCUGAAAAUCCACAAGAACAAGAUGAUAUACUUAUAGAGACUGGAGAACAUGAUAUUGAAGAAACGAUACGAAGUGCUCCUGCAAAUGCAGCACAAAAUUUCAUUGAAGAUUUCAUGUCUCCGAAUGAGACAAAUACUAAUACAUUAACUGCUACUCCUCAACAAUCACAAGUUCAAUUACCUAUAGAAAAUGAGAAACAUUUAUAUUUAGAGGAGACUAGAACUAUAUCGUAUGGAGAUAUUAAAAGUGGUUGGAAAUCUGAUUUUUCGGGAAAGGGUACUAUUGAAUUAGUUGCAAAUAUAUCUGCAUCUGGAUUCAGCACAGGCUUGAAAAAUAAUAUUACAAAAAUUUCGACAAACGAUCAACAAAUAGUUGAAGAUGCAAGUAAAAAUGGAGCUAAUGUGUCUUGUGAUAUUGAUGAUCCUACUUUGGGAGUAUUAGUAAAUCAUACAUUGAUUGUGGAAAUAGUAGUUGCUGAAGAAAUAGCGCACAGUGUAGAUAAGAAAUCAAAUGGUUUAACUCCAAUUAGCUCAAAUCAAGAUAGUAAAACAAGUUCAACGGGUGUUCCAACUGGUGCUGCUAGAGUAUUAAGAAUGCAAUUUAAAUUACCAGUUACUGAAAGAUCAGGAUUGGGUAUUGCAUGGAAUGAUGAAGUUCCUCCAACAUAUGAAGAUAUUAAAACUUUGAGUCCACCAACCUAUCAAGAUCAAGGUUCAUCCACUCCAACACCAUUGAUUGGCGGAAUAGAUAGACCACAACCAUCAUUAUUGUACGGGAUUGGUAGAACUCCAAUUUCAAAUAGUUUUGGAACACCAAGUAUUGAUGGAUUAGUCGAAGAACAAGCAAUACAAGAAUUUAGACUAUAA